AUGAGCGACCUAGCUAUUCCCGAGUUCGCAACCUCUCUUGUCCUUCCCGCCUUCAACGAAUCUCUCAAACUCCAGAAGACCCCACUUCCCAAGAUUGUUCCUCCUGGAUCAGCCAUUGUCCGUGUCCUCAGCACUCCAGUACGCCCCCACCAACGCGAAGGCUUUAAAGGAAACAGUCCUCUUUCUUUCAAGCCCCCGUACAACCCCGGAGAUGGUGGUGUUGGCCGCGUCGUAUCCGUUGGGCCUGAUGCUGUCGCUCUCAAGCCUGGCCAGCUUGUCUACAUGAACAACUUCAUCACGGCAAGAGAUGAUCCCAACACCCGAGUCCUGCUCGGUAUUCAUGAUGGCGGUGGUGCUGAAGCUGACUUGAAGCUUUUCAACCUCUGGAAAGGCUUCUGGAGAGAUAUUGCAGUUGUUGCUGCGGAGAAUGCCAUCCCUCUCGACGAAAAGAUUCUCAUCAAUGAGAUGGGUUACUCCUAUGGAGACCUGAGCUAUAUCCAGCGCCUCUCGGUCGCAUACGGCGGUAUCAGAGCCGCCAAUCUUCAAGCCGGCGAGACUGUCAUUGUUGCUCCAGCUACAGGUCACUUUUCUGGCGCUGUGGUCGAAUUGGCUGCCCAGGUCGGUUGUCGUGUAAUUGCGCUUUCGCGCUCGGCAUCUAAGCUGAAGCCUCUCACGUCUCGCUACCCUCGUAUUACAGCUGUUGAGCUCACUGGCGAUGAGAAGAGGGAUGCCGAGGCCAUUGGCGCACUUUUGCCCAGAGGCGCUGAUGCUUACAUCGACGUUUCUCCGCCUGCAGCGACAGCUUCACAUCAGCACCUCAAUAUUUCUAUUAACUCACUGGCGCCCUACGGUCGUGUUGUCUUUCUGGGCAUGAUGUUCGAUAUCAAGAUCAACUAUGCUAGCCUCAUGGUUCGCAACAUCACGAUCAAAGCGCAGUUCAUGUAUACCCGCCAGGAGUUGGUGUCUUUGGUCAAGAUGAUUGAGACGGGAGUUCUCAAACUGGGCAAGGAGGCUGGGCAUGAGAUUGUGGAGAAGGGGUUCUCCAUGGAAGAAUGGGAGAAGGCAGUCACUGUUGCAGAGACGGCUAUGGCUUGGGGUCAGCAGGUCCUGCUCUAUCCCUAG